CUUCGAAAUCGAAAGCGGCAGCUCAGAAAAAAUCGGCAACCAACAGAGCAAGAUCCGGAUAGACAGAGCCUCAGACCCCAAAGCCUUUCCGCAGAUAAACAGCAAGAGUGAUAAUCGAAUCAAGACAAGAUGUCGGAUCGCAAGGCGGUGAUCAAGAAUGCUGACAUGAGCGAGGAGAUGCAGCAGGACGCUGUGGACUGCGCCACCCAGGCCCUGGAGAAGUACAACAUCGAGAAGGACAUCGCCGCCUUCAUCAAGAAGGAGUUCGACAAGAAGUACAACCCCACCUGGCACUGCAUCGUGGGCCGCAACUUCGGCUCCUAUGUGACCCACGAGACGCGUCACUUCAUCUAUUUCUACCUGGGCCAGGUGGCCAUUCUGCUCUUCAAGAGCGGUUAAACGCACCUCGACUCCUGACAGCCGCUCCACCAUGGCGCCCACCGAAGUUUUCCGGAUGAGUCGCCGAACACUAUUGUUCCUUGAAUUGUAAACUCACGCACACUUACGCAUCCACACUCACACAUACGCACUGCACUGCACUGUCAUGACACAAGCACACUUGACGUCUCGUUGAUUCGUUUUGCCCAAAUUCCAAAAACUUCGCUGUGCUGACUUAGCCACUCUGCUGCUGCCAAUUAAAUCGAAUACUGGUCCUGA